AUGGAGGGGCCAGGGGAGGCGGGGCUCGGGGUGACGCCGCUGCACGCCAGCGGCGCCCAUUCCUGCUCUUCCUUAAUCCGCUUGGAGCAGGAGGCCAAGCGCAAGAGGCGAGCCCAGGAGCAGGAGGCCCGGGCAGCCGCAGCCAUGACAGUAAAGCAAAGCGUUGAUGAUGUGCUGGAUCUCGCAGAGUACACAAAGAAUCGGCCGUGGUGGCGCAAGCUCUUCAAGCCAAACUCGGGGUCCAGUGCCGAAAAAUACAGUGUUGCAACCCAGCUGGCCAUUGGAGGUGCCACUGGAUGGUGCACUGGCUUCAUUUUCCAGAAGGUUGGGAAGCUUGCUGCAACUGCAGUGGGAGGUGGCUUCUUUCUGCUUCAGAUUGCAAACCACACAGGAUACAUCAAAAUUGACUGGCAAAUGGUUGAGCGGGAUGUGAACAAAGCAAAGGAGCAGCUGAAGUUUCGCAGCAGUCCUAGCAAUGAGCUACCACCAGAAGUGAAGAACCGAGUAGAUGAGGUGAUCUGCUUUUUGAAGAAAAAUGUUAUCCUGACUGGAGGGUUCGUUGGAGGGUUUCUGCUUGGCAUGGCUUCUUAGGAGCCAUCCAGAUCUGACUGCUCUGCUCUUCCCUGUACUGCUGCCAUCUAUUCCCCAGUUACUGACUCCAUUGACUGACUUGGCCACAGAAACAUUCUCCCUCCUGACUUAUCUUCCCCUCUGUACAUGCAUCAUGGUCUCCAAAAGUAUUAUCACUAGUCCUUUCCCUCUUUUUAAUUUAUUGGCUGGUGGAAGGAAGAAUUAGACUGAAGGUCAACUGUUAUCAUACUGGAUACUGUCAGGUUCCAGGUUGUUAGGUCUUGUAGAAUGUCCCUAUCCCACCCCCACUACAGUGACCUAUGCUGAAUAUUGUGGCUAUACCUAUAGUCCGUUCUCUUUAUGUUCAUUUUGUUGUUAUGUUUGUAUUAUUUCAUGAGUAUCACAAAAGCCCAGCCUAGAAGGACAAGGGAACACUAGGGCCUGUUAUGAAAUAAUAGGUGUUUAGCAUUUGCCUAGUUCUUCCUUGAGCAGGCUACUGCUUCUUAGCAAAGCCAGAGCUGGAAAAAUCAGAUCCUCCUGGCAUUGCACAAGCUGUUAUUUAUACCUCUUGCUGAAUCCAUAGAGCUGGAAUGAUCUGUGGAAACUCUGACUGCCACAUGGUGUUCUCUUCUGUCUGUUUCUGCCUGUUCCUGCUGAAGGAGGCUGACAAGCUUGAAGAUCCCCUGUCUCCAGAAAAGACAUAUUUAGAACAUUCAAUAGUCAUAGCCUUCCGUUAAGUAGUAGUUGAAGCGGAACUAUGCUCAGUGGUGGAAAGGGCAGGAAAUGACUUGCUAGAAUUGGGAGGUUUUUUAGAUUAAUCUGUUUUUGUAGUCACUGGUACUGAGUAAUGGGAAUGGAGACAUGUUUUCUGGCACUUUCUUUCACAUGAGAUUUCUUUCACGUGGGAUUUUAGCUCCAUGCAGGUGUGUGAAGAACGUACUGAGUGAAAUUGGUUUAUCUCUGCAAAGCUGUAUGUUGGUCAGAAGACUAGACUUUGCACUUUCUCCUGGUACUUAGGGGCUAGACUUCUUAUUCCACCAGCAUAUAUGCUUUUCCAGUCAUUGCAGAAGGAGGUAUUUAGUACUACUUUGCACAGUCCCUUCACCUGCAGCAGACAUUUUCAGCACUAGGGCUAAUACUCAUAGUUAGUUAAUGACCAUGGAUGACAGGGCUUGCUUAGGCAAUAUUAGGCUGCAGUUCUACAGCUGAGAGAAAACAUAUCCUCCUGAAAGCUCAAGGAAGGAUGAUGAUGUUUUCUUCCAAAGAACAGAUGCCUGGGUGUUGCAUUCCUUGAGCAUUAAUUGGCUGUAGGGGCAUGUUCCAGUGCACUGGGGCAGAAGUCCAGAAGGAGUAUACUGAUAGAGCUUUGACCUCAACCAUAUGAUCUAUGAUUUUAGGCCAUGUCAAACAUAUUUUGUGCUGCACUUCCUGCCAUGCAGUCUUAUUCACUAUGCUAAUUUGCUCCAGCAGGCAUAGUUUUUAAAAUGAACAUCUUAUAAACUUCUACAAUGAUAACAGUUUUCAUGAAUCACAGGUAUUUUCAUCAGGUGUCACGAAGCUGUAGUCCAGUAAGGUUUGUGCCACAAUAAAUCUCUUCCUUUAUAAGGUGCUACAGGGUGGUUGUAUAUUUAUUCUUGGAGAAUUAGCUAAGGUUGUGGCAUAGUGUGUCUUCAGGGGAAUUUUUAACAUCUUGAUUUCCCAAAGAUCUUAGUCUGUAUUAUAUGGCUUUAUUUUUGAAAAGCCAGACCGCUUCCCCAACAAAACUUUAGGCCACUAGGCCUUCCAUAAAGAAUUUGGGCAGGUCUGGUGGUGAUUCAUUCAAAGCCUACAUACCUUCUGGCUCCCCCACCCCAAUUCCCUGCUGUUUUCCCCAUGCUUCUCAAUAAGUGUAGUGGCCAAGUGACUUUCAUUUGUUCCAUUUUGGCAACUAAGGGCAGCAGGAAAAUACAGUUCAGCAGUUGGUGCCUUCCAGAUGUGGUGGUGUGUACAACUUCCAUCUUACCCAGCCAGCAUGCCUGCUUGCAGUGGAGGGCUGUUUUAACCCUUAUGUUACCUUCAGCCUCCCUUGAAGUCAGUGCAUGUGCAUUUAUCAUGCUGCUAAAACUGCAUCAUUCAAUGGCAAGCUGUCUCUUUUGUCUCUAGUGAGUUUGAUCAUUGCUAGAGUUCCAUCCUUAUCAGUAAUAGGCCAAUCAAAAAAAGCAAAAAAACGUGCUUGUUGCCACUGUUGAGGAUGGCUACAUUCACUGUUCUCAUAAAAAAAGAAACUCACACAAGAGGCAGAGGUAAAUGUUGGCAAUAAGAAAAAUCCCAUGGUCUCAUUACAGAAUCCAAGUCACAUGAAAUAUGCCGUACUUUUUGAGCCAUAAGGAAUUUUUGUUACAACUAACAUGAUUAAACCUGCUUUUUGUAUUCUUAUCAGUAACUAACAUGAUCUGGGAUAUGAAACAGGCCAUAGUGAGGAACAGUUGCUUCACGUAACCCCUUCCUCUUGGCAUGGGCUUUCCAUAUAUCUGGAUAAUAGCCUUUGCUGUCUGUUUUACCUGAGAGCCUUUUGGGAGCUGUGUAAUCCUCCUUAGCUGUUAUCUGUGAUCACUUUAAUCUUCAGAGAUGGAGUUCCUGAUCCCUUGCACCUACAUAUGUCAACAACAACAUAGGCCUUUCACAGUGCAAAGCUUGAUGUGGUAGGAUCUGCUUUGUCAGUCUAUACCGUUGUUAAUGUUGAAAAAUAGUCCCUUGUUGUGGUUAUUAAAAUUCCUCUUCAGUCCCCUUCUCUCCCAAAAGGCUCAAAUGUAAAAGCAUCUUGCUGCAAGAAUGUCUACUAAAUUCCCCAUCUUCUUUUUGCUAGCCCACAUAACUAGAUAGUCAAGUGUUGUGUGUUCUCUUGCCUAGUUCCUUGCAGUGCUUUUAAGGUGAAUGCAGGGGGCUUUUAGGCCAUAAUAAUAAUCUGUCAACAGCUUGACCCAUUUCAACAUCCCCCCCCCACAUCAUUUAUCCAAAGAACUGCUGGUCUAAGUUCAACUGUGUCUCAAAAGACACUUUCUGCCCAACACCACCCCCCAAAAACAAAAAGGAGUGUAGAAGUACAGUGUUUUCAGUGAAGUGACAAAUAUAUGUUUAAGGUCAGUUUUAAUUGUGCUUGGGACUGCAAAAAUGAAUUCAAACCCAGCAACCAGCUGCACCUGAACUUGUAGAAACACUAAAGGUUUUACAAUGUUUUUAUACGGUAUUUAAAUGUUUGUGUGGAGUGAAAAUUCAAAAUAAACCUUUUUGCUGAGCUUUC